AUGUCUAUCUCGGAAGAGAGCCCUUUGUUGGAUGCGCUGCACGUCCCUGACGCGUCUGACGACUGGGACGUGUACAACCGAUUCAGCAAAGCUCAGAAAAAGUUCAUUGUUUUUGUAGUGUCCUUUGCAGGGCUGCUUCCUACGCUCGUGACUGGGACCUUUGUCCCUUCCAUUCCUCAGAUAGCUCAUGACCUCGAUUCAAACGGAGCUGUUGUGAGCUUGGCUGUGAGCUUGUCAGUCUUUGCGAAUGCUGUUGGAGGUUUGGUAUGGGCAGCAUAUUCGUCAUUUUAUGGUCGCCGUCCGAUGUACUUAUGGGGUAUGCCUAUCCUAUGCAUAGGAAGCUUUGGUGUUGCAGCAUCGAUGUCUCUCAAAAGCCUACUGUUCUGGCGGUUCGUUCAGGCAUUUGGAUGCGCUGGCGGAGUAUCGGUAGGUGCGGCCGUUAUUGGUGAUAUCUACAGGGCAGAGCAGCGAGGUACAGCCUUGGGUAUCUUUUUUGGGGCUUCUCUUCUAGGUGUCGCACUUUCACCUAUCAUAGGAGGCACUGCAGCACACUACUGGUCCUGGCGCAACCUGCACUUCUUGCUUGGAGUAUGGGGCAUCAUCGAGAUGUUUCUGAUCUAUCUAUCCUUUCCGGAGACAAGUCAUCCGCAGUCGGGAGAGAUUCGUAAACUGGCGGCACUGCCAAAUCAUCUGCAGUCGGGCGAAACUCGUAAACUGACAUUACCGUUCAACUUUGUGUUGAUUAAUCCUUUCAACAGUCUAUGGCUGCUCCGCAGUCCUAAUAUUAUGGCCGUCACAUUAGCAAACGCAUCAGCGAUGGUUACGGACUAUGUUUUAUUGGUCCCAAUUGCCUACACGAUCGGUGCUCGAUACCACAUCUCUAACGAAGCACUGAUCGGUGCAUGCUUCCUCCCCAGUGGACUUGGAAACUUCAUUGCAUCACCGAUCGCUGGGCGGUUGUCCGACACUAUGAUUGCCAAAUGGAAGGUAAAGCGCAAAGGCGUUUGGGUCCCCGAAGAUCGACUACGUGCCGUAUUAGUAGGCGGACUUCUAGUCCCUCUAUCUGUUGGUCUUUCGGGACUUGUUACCGCGUACAUCGCUGGACCGUUGGGCUUGGUAUUGAAUUUGCUUUGUUUGUUUCUAAAUGGCAUUGGGGUAGACUUCGUUCUUACUCCGAUCGGCUCGUACAACGUCGACGUAUUACAAUCACGCAGCGCAGAGGUAAUUGCUGCCGUUACAGCUUUCCGCGCGAUCAUUCUUGCACCAGUGACUGCAGCCGUACUUCCAUCGAUUGAAAUGCUAGGCGUGGCAGGAACAAAUGGCAUAGCUACGGUGAUUGCGCUUGUUGGAUAUGGGCUUAUCGUUCUCACGAUUCGUUAUGGAGAUCGCAUGAGAGCUUGGGUGGAUGUUGGAUAUACACCCCUGUGA